ACGAGGUUUUUUUUUUUUUUUUUUUUUUUAAAUCCGGUAAUGUUUUUAUUUGUUUUCUCAAAUUCUAAUAAGAAUCUGAAGAUGAUGCUCAGCCAGAUGUUGCUUGUUUUGUGCUGUUGGAUCACAUAUUUUUGUUUCGUAUUUUUUGAUGACUUUUUUUUUUUUUUUUUUUUUUCGCUUUUUCGUACGGGGGCGUACAAUACGUACAGGUUUUCAUGCAGGUUCCCGUACAGAUCCUGUACAGAUAUUACCUGUACCUUUCGUACGGAAAGGCCGCGUACGUGUACUCUAUGCAACGAUUACGUCAUGAUGAUGGUGACGACGAUGACGACGACGACCGCGACGGCGACGACCAUGAUGACGACGAGGACGACGACGACGGCGAUGAUGAUGAUGAUGAUGAUGAUGAUGAUGAUGAUGAGGGUGAUCAUGAUGAUGACGAUGAUGACGACGACGACGACGAUGAUGAUGAUGAUGAUGAUGGUGAUGAUGAUGAUGAUGAUGAUGAUGAUGAUGAUAACGAUGAUGAUGAUGACGAUGAUGAUGAUGAUGAUGAUGAUGAUGAUGAUGAUGGCGAGGGUGAGGAGGAGGAGGAGGAGGAGGACACCCCUCAAAUGCAGCCCACCCUCAACCCAUAUUUAGGCCAGGAGCGGGAGCAGCGGGAGCAGCGGGAGCAGCGGGAGGAGGGAUGGGAAAAGGACCGGGAAAAGGAGGGGUGGGAGGAGGUCCGGGAGGGGAAAUGCGAAGCGGCGGACGAGCCGCGGGAGGAGGAGCUGGAGAAGGAGGAGCGGCAGAGGAAACGGGAAGGGGGUUGGGAGCGGGAGGACCACGAGGAGAAACCGGAAGGGGCGGAGGAGGCGCGGGAGGAGGGGCGGAAGAAGGAGCGGGAGGGGGAGCGGGCAGGGGGCCAAAAACAAAUUCUGGCUGAACUUCAAGGUCCUCGCACUAUGGUGAGGCCUCCACAGUUUGCUGUAGUUCCUCCUGCAGGUGCGGGUCCAUCAUCGAUGCCGCAACGCACAGGGCAAACUUUCUCUCCCAUGUUUGGCAUACCCUCCCUGGGUGGUUUAGUAGCAACUAGUGGUCCGGUUCAUUCAGUCUCAGCCGUACCAUCUACAACAGUGGUCACUACAGUACCAUUGUCAAGCCAGGCCCAGGUUAGUAUGCAACAUCCUGUUUCAGUGGCUAUGCAGCCGCUGCAGCAAGCACCUGGGCCCAUGCAGCCUAUGCAGUGGCUGCCCAAGAUAGCUUUGAUGAGUCCCAAGCCCUUCUCUGGCGAUAAGAAGAAGGAGGAAGACUUGGACACUUGGGUGAGAACUGUGCCUACUUAUGUGGGGCAUAAGCUCACAAGGCCAGAGCAAGAAGUUGUAGUGGCUGCCUCCUUUUUAGAAGGGUCAGCAGCCCGCUGGUUAAAUGGCUCAGUGCAGCAACAGGGCUACGGUCAAAACUUCGAUGCCUGGGCACAAUCUCAGACAUUGGAAGAGUUCAUACGGUCCGUAUACAACAGGUGGCAUGACCCACAAGCGGCUCAGAAGGCCACUGACGCUAUCAACAGUCUUUGUUCCCGAAGGUUCAAGAAUGAUAGAGAGUUGACGGACGCCGUAGAACGACUAAUCGUGGUACCUGGUGUGCGUUUUGACCAGCAGGUUCUCCUAACGGAUUACCUAAGGUGCCUACCGUCAGAGGUAAGGACCAAGCUGGUUGACGAAGCCUAUGUUGAACAGCACACCUGUGCUUCUUUUAGUAAGAAAGCUCUGGACAUCGAGGCAAAGCUAGGAUCUGCGCAUCAGGCCCCCAACGAUGGUAGGAAGAGACUGCCCCAAGAUUGGAAGAAAAAGGGUCAGUUAAUGUUUGUUGACCACGAUGGUCAAACGACGGAGAUUGACGACUACUCAGAUCUUGGGGAGUUCACAGAGUACCAUGGGGGUAGUGAGACUUCAGAUGGUGGAGUCGUAGCACCCAUCAAGGAAAAGGCUAGGGGGACCGGGAAGAAGAAGGCAGGACGGUCCACGGGUCAGGGCGACCAAGGAACACCUGCAUAGGUGAAGAUUGGUUUGGAGUAUGAAGUGUGGCGUGACCGCCUUGCUAGGGGUAC